AUGCCUUUCCUUGAUGUGAGAGGCAAGAAGCUGUUCUACGCUCGCGUAGACGCUGAGACAGAGCCCAAGGCCUCUGGCCCAGUACUGGUUUUCAUCCAUGGCCUGGGAUCAUCUCAUUCGUUUUACAUACCUGUGAUGCACGGUCUUGCAGCCGCUGGAUAUAGCUCAGUUGCCUUGGAUGUCUAUGGAAGUGGCCAAUCCGAGUUAUCACCCGGAGUCGAAGCUCCCACAUUCGAAACUAUUGCUAGUGAUGUCGAAGAGCUACUGAAAGGGCUCAACAUUCCCUCUGAAAAUGCUGUUGCUGCUGGGCACUCGAUGGGUGGUAUCAUUGUGCCAAUCCUAGCCUCCAAGUGUCGUCUACGCGGAGCUGUCCUUAUUGGACCUGUGUUACCCAAGCCUGCAAUGGCAGAUAUCUUCAAUGCUCGUAUUGAGACAGUCAAGAAAGAGGGCAUGGAGCCAAUGGCCAAAACUAUCCCUUUCGCUGCCACGGGUUCAAAAGCGACCCUGACUCAAAAAGCGUUUAUCAGGACUCUCUUACUAUCUCAGAAACCAGAUGGUUACAAUGCGUUGUGCCAGGCCAUUGCAAAGGCGGAGCUGCCUGAGUAUUCCAGCCUCGACUGUCCAGUGAUGGUCCUAGCUGGCGAGGAGGAUAAAACAAGUCCUGUGCCUGAUGCGCAUAAAAUUAUGAACGACUGGCGGCCCGCGGCCUCAAUCAAUCAGUCCGUCUUCACACGAUCAAUUCCAAUGCCUACCAGGAGGGUCCGAGACUGCGAGAGAAGACGUUGCGCCGAAGCUUGCGAGAGCUGUAAACGUCGCAAGCAAAGAUGCGACGGUCGACGCCCCUGUGCUCGCUGCAUCAAGCGAGGUCUCAGUCAUGAAUGUCGGGAGUCCGCUUCAGUGUCGGGUCUUGGUGCUCGUCGCAUCGUUGCUUCAUCACUGCCGAGCCCAGACCCUGAAAGAUUGAGUAACAUCACGGAACAACAUACACCAGCUGGUAGUAUCACCGUUGGGUCCAGAUCAGGAUUGACGUCGGCGGAGGAGACCUAUGUUGACGAUCAGACCUCUUCGUCGCUGCAAUUGCUGUCGGAUACACAACCUGAACGGCUCCCUCGGAUGUCACGUCUUGUGCAGGACACAAGAGGUGAAUACAUGUUCAUUGGCGACUCAGCGACACUUUCCUUUCUACAAAAUAUCCGGAGAAUCGUUCGUCGUAGCAUAGGAGACUGUGCACUCGUCGACGAUCCACUGAGACAUGGAAUCGUCGAAUCAUCGCCUGAAACACGGCGAGGAUGGAUUCUAUCCAGCGCUCAGAAUCCUCCUCCACAACAAACAGAACAGGAAGUUGAUUACCUUGUGAAGUGGUACAUGCAAUCGACCAAUUGCAUGCUGCUACUAUUCGACCAAAAGCAACUCCACCAUGACAUUCACAAGUGGAUAGAUGAUGGCCAAAACAUUUCCGAUUCAGCGAGCUCUGUAUAUUUUCUUGUGUUCGCCAUUGGUGCGCAAACUGGGCCAGAAGACAAGGACGACCAGGCUGAAACCUUCUUUAACUACGCUCGAUACUUGACAGUCGAGACAUUGAUAGAAGAGCCAGGAAUUGUCACUAUCCAAGCGUUGGUCCUCAUCGCCAUGUAUCUCUUGGGUGCAUCUCGCCGAAACGCAGCGUUCAUGUACCUCGGCAUGGGUGUACGAGCUGCGUAUGCAAUCGGGUUGCAUCGUCAUGAUAUUUCUUCCCUAUUUUCCCCAACCGAAGCACGUACGCGAGAGCAGCUUUGGAAAGGCAUCCGUAUUCUUGACUUGUUCAUGAGUGCAUCACUCGGCCGACCUCCUUCGACGUCUGAGUUGCGCGACACAACGAACCCACAAAACUACUCCGCUUGUAACGACCUGUCAAUGAUCUUCGAAUCCAUUCUCACAGAUGUCUACGCCAAAAGAAUGAUCACUCCGGAAAUACUGGAGCGUAUCAGUAAGCAGCUCCGAAGAUGGACCUCGCAGUGCGGCGAAGGUUUGGCUGUUGAUGGGAUUGAGCAGGAGGAAUUGAUCAAGGAUGAGAGUGGCGAGGAACAGCCAAACAUCGGACUCAUGCACCUCAAGUUGACGGGACAUUGGAGCAUCAUGCUACUGUCGCUUCCCUUUCUACACAAGGCAGUUUCUCAACAUGUUGAAGAAGCAGAGCAGUCGUCCAACGCAUCUACUAAGCGUUCCUCAUCAUCGAACGAGGUACUCGUCCACUCCUGUCUUGAAUCAGCCGUACGCACAGUCGACCUCCUACAACCCCUUCUCAAAGUAAGGACCAUUCCAAAGCGGUUACCAAUAGUUGGAAACUCAGCAUUCGUGUCUGGGUUAGUACUCGGAGCAGCCAUAUUUGGCGAUUUUGACAACUCUUUCCCGCUUGAGAAGAGUCUUCACGCCGCAAGAAGUGUUCUUGAGCAUCUAGCCCGCUACGAUGCUGUAGCCAAACGCCAUCUCAUGAUCCUAGAUCAUCUCCAAGGAGCAUGCGAGAUUUACAUGGACAACAGGGCCAGGUUACGGAUGGAGCGACAAGGCCAUUUAGUCAACGGUCUCUUUGGCAGUAUCCACACUAUAGGGAAAUCACCAUUGCGUGAGUCUCAUCAGCCAGAGAUGAAUUUCCGAAUAGCGCCAUCUGAGGGACUACAAACACAGCCUCAGACACCCGGGCCUGGUCAAGUACCAAACCAAGAAGUGUCGAGUGAACAACAAGACUUUACCAUAGAAGGAGGAGAGCAGUCGGGGAUUGACGUUGGAGACGUGACCGAUGCUUUUCUGGGGAUCUCGCCAAAUAUGCUUUGGUUUGACUCUUUUGAUACGACAAUGUCGUUGUUUCCGAUUGUCGAUACACAAACAAUGGGUGACGAUUUAACGUGA